AUGGCUUGUUACUUGAUUGACAACAAGGAUGCGCUCGAGGUUUUCGUCAGUGAGAUCCAGGGCAUCUCCAAUGACCCUCCAUCCUUCUACAUCGACGCAGAGGGUUCCAACCUGGGACGAUUCGGGACCAUGGAUCUUCUCCAAGUCCACGUCCUGCCAUUGCACGAGACCUUUAUCGUCGACGUCUUCACCUUGGGGCACGCGGCAUUCGAUACCAUAUUUCAAGGCAACUCGCUCAGAAUGCUGCUGCAGUCGCCGUCCAUUCCAAAAGUCAUUUUCGAUGUUCGCAAUGACUCGGAUGCCAUGUUCCAUCACUACAAUAUAGCCCUGAGCGGUGUGGUGGACCUGCAGAUGAUGGAGUACUUCCAAGAAAAUCGAUCGAGUAGAAACUUGGCUAGCUUGAGACACUGCAUCGAGCACGACGCCACACUCUCACCUGAGGAGAUCCGGCGGUGGAGUGAAGUAAAGGCGUCAGUUCUUCACCCAAGAAGGGACAACGCAGAUCCAAAAAAUUUGCCCUCCCAAAGACGACCUCUGGACGAGAACCUCAUAUUUUAUGCUGCAGGAGAUGUCGAGCACCUGCCCUUGCUGCAUCGGGCAUAUUGUCAAAGACUGACAGAGGAAGGCUGGCAGGCCGUUCACAUAGAAACUGGAAGAAGGCUUCGACGCUCGAUGCAGCCUAGUUAUGAUACUGAGAGCAAGCAAAAAGGCAAGGGGCCAUACCGAAUUCUAGGCCCACGAGGCUACAAGCAUUUAAAAGCGAAAGCCAGCACCCCGCAACACAACGCUAACAAGCAGAAGGCCAAGAAUCACUUCAAGCCCAAGGAAUCUUCCAGCAAGGCGACGGGAGCGCAGAAACCGGACAGGAACGUGGGCAGGAACGAUAUGAACAGCAUAGGAGCUCCCUUGCAUGGUCUACUGUUGACGGGUGGCCCAUCGGGAACCUCUGCCCAGGCACAAGAGGUAAGUCCAAUCGCCAUCGGUUCGAUUGUUGGCCAGCUCACAAGUCGCAAAAAGACUACCAUGACUCCGCUUCGCCAUCGGCCAACUGCAUUUGUGAAAGAUGGACACGCUCAACAAGGAGGCCGAAAGAAGAGGAACAAAUCACGACAAUGGAAUAGGAGCAGUGGCGCGAACCCCCAACAGACCCAUGAAAAUUUACUGGAUGAUCUGGAUUGGACAUUGUGCGAUAAAGAUUGCGGCUGGUGUGGGCGUUGUUACAACGGGUUUGAUUUUGAUAUUUGA